AUGAGACUCGCAACAGGAACCGCAGCCCUCCUCCUCUCCCUGGCCUUCACGACCUCAGCCGCACCGAUAAGCGCGUCACAAUCCUCAGAGCAUCCACAAAAUAAUGCUCGAGGCAUAGUCGGCGCCGCCCUUAGCCUAGCAGGCGGCAUCACAUCAGCCGCCGGCGCAAAACAGGUCGGCAGCGCGCUCUCGGCCGCUGGCGGUGGCCUCGGCGGCGGAGCCCUUGGCGGCCUCGGCGGCCUGGGGGCCCUCGGUGCCCUGGGUGGAGGUGCAGGAGGUGCAGGUGGUGCGAAGGCUGCAGGUGCAAAGGCUGCAAGUGCGAAGGCAGCGGGUGGUGCCAAGGCAGCAGGUGGCGCGAAGGCCGCGGCAUGUAAGCGGGCCCCGAAGGACGGUAAGAAGGGAGACAAGGGCGGUGACAAGGCCGACAAGGCAGACAAGGACGGUGACGACGGGGGCGACGGCGGUGACGGGGCAUCCAAGGGGCUCCAGAUCGCCGGGGCCAUAACGUCGGCGGCCGGAGUACCCAUAGUCGGCGAGGCGCUGUCAGCUGCUGGAGCUGCCGCUGGGGGCAAGAAGGGGGCCGCCGAUGCGUGUUAA